AUGGCCGCCAAAAUUACGCUCAAGUUGAGCAGUCGCUCUCCCAAGCAGCCCGUCAAGAAGCUCCCCGAGUCGAUCGAGAUUUCCCCCGACACCACUGUUGAGGAUGUCAAGAAGCUCAUUGCCCGUGAGACGGGCUUGGGCGACUUCAACCGCGUCGGUCUCUUCGACCCUGCCACGCAAAAGACUCUGAAGAACCGCAAGGCGCAGAUUGGCACCGAGGCCGCCGUGAUGUCCGCAGGUCAGGUUCUCGUCAAGGAUCUCGGCCCCCAGAUGGCAUGGAGCACCGUCUUCGUUAUCGAGUACCUCGGCCCCCUCCUCAUUCACGGUGCCUUCGUCGCCCUGCGCCCAUACAUCUACUCCGGCGCCUCCAACAAGUCCCUCUCCCCGACCCAGCUUCUCGUCUUCGCCAUGUUCCUCGGCCACUUCAUGAAGCGCGAGUACGAGACCCUCUUCGUCCACAAGUUCUCCGCAAACACCAUGCCCAUGCGCAACAUCUUCAAGAACUCCUUCUUCUACUGGGCCUUCUCCGGCCUCCUCUGCGCUUGGCACAUCUACUCCCCGACCUCCCCGACCGCCCUCGCCCGCAACGACGCCGUCGACGUUCUCGGCACAAUCGUCUUCCUCUUCGGCGAGGCCUCCAACGCCCUUGUCCACCUCAACCUAGCCAGCCUGCGCUCCCGCGGCGGCACCGAGCGCCAGAUCCCCCGCGGCUACGGCUUCUCCCUCGUCACCUGCCCCAACUACAUGUUCGAGAUCAUCUCCUGGAUCGGCGUCGUCAUCGCCUCCCGCAGCUGGGCCGUCCUCCUCUUCAUCGUCAUCGGCGGCGUUCAGAUGUCGCAGUGGGCCAAGGGCAAGGAGCGCGCAUACCGCAAGGAGUUCCCCGAGACCUACAAGAAGAAGAAGUUUGUCCUGCUGCCCGGCAUCUUCUAA